UGAUCAAGGAAGAUCAAUGGUCGCUAUUCUUGAUUUUCAACUUGAGGAAUAUCAAUCAAUCUGGUAUCAUUCUCGCUGCUGCAAAUACAAAACGCCAAACUGAGUAAGGUAGUCUAAAGAACCGGCUUGAGCCCAGAGCGUCCGGUGAUACGGCCCCAUAGUUUCCGUCCAGGCCGGGCCCGGAGUCGGCCCCACUUGUCUAUUGCCGAGCAGCACUCGCGGAAAAGUGCUGCCAGCAAUGUUGAAAGAAACAUGAACCAAACUUUCCCUCGCCCCUGAUCACCUUCCCAUUAUCUGCAGGUCCAUGUGCGAGUCGAGUCCAGCCCUGGCUAACCGCCAGGCUCGACCGACAGGCAUGCCCAGCCCUCGGCUAAGUUCGUCCCCGACUCAGCAUCCCGUCUCUUUUGCUCCCCCUCACCAAGCCCAAGCCUCCAUCCCGCGGGUGAAUGCGCUGCACCAAUAAUUCGUGGUCUAGGCGUGUCUCUGCAGCGCGUACCACCUUCCUCUUCCAACACGGGCGCCGCGCGCCCAUGCAAGGACCCUGGAGAACCCAACGUUGUAGUGUUGCAUUUGGCAACAAGCUUCUUAUCAAGGUUAUCGAUCACAAGACCGGACCCCUGCUGCUUGCAUGCAUGACUGUCCUUGCCCCAGGAUUACUGCGCGUUCUCGACAUGGGUACUGGUGGUGAAGCUCUGCAGCGAAGCGUUGUCUGCGUCGAGGAGGUGUCUCGUCGAGCCGGUGGCCUCCCCGAGGCUAUACUGUGUCCUGUUGACUCGAGAAGGAGCAGCAGACACUGGCGAAGCGUUGUUGAAGGCAGAGUAGCAGUUUGCGCAGGGGCAGGUCGGCGUCGAUGUCUGGGGAGGAGCAGGUGUGCAGUGGCGCGCGAACCAGCUUUGGCGUUGAGAAGGCAUCUUGUUGUAUUGUGAGUGUGUUGUUGGUAUGUGAUGGUAUGGGUGGUUUGAGUGUGUGUAGUUGGUACGACGAGGAUACAGAGGAAUGCUGAACGAGUCAAGAUCAGGGGAGAUGAGGGAGGUCAGCCUGGCUACUUAUAGUUUCGGUCAACGCAGGGAUUUUGUGCUCU